AUGAAACAUUUUAGCGAUAUCGAUAAAUCAAUAGAUAUAACCAAGCCAUUUAUAAUGGGCAUUGAUGAAGCUGGUCGUGGUCCUGUAAUGGGGCCGCUUGUGUAUGGGUGUUGUUUCGCGCCAAUUUCCGAAACUGCCACAAUUAGUAAAAUGAAGUUUAAUGAUUCAAAAAAAUUAACAGAACAACAAAGAAAUCAUUUAUUUCAAAAAAUGUGUGAUUCGAAUAAGAUAUUAGGUUUUGAAGUUGAUGUAAUAUCACCAGAAAUCCUAUCAGAGAAAAUGUUAUUAAAGAAACCAAUAUCAUUAAAUGUUAUAUCACACGAGUCGGCAAUGGGACUAAUUCGAUCAGUAUUAUCGAAAGGUAUAAAUGUACAAGAGUUAUAUUUAGAUACAGUGGGUACACCAGCAACUUAUCAAGCAAUGUUGAAAAACCACUUCCCAGAGAUUUCAAAGAUUGUAGUUUCGAAAAAAGCAGAUUCUCUCUAUCCAAUCGUUAGUGCUGCUUCCAUUUGUGCAAAAGUUAUUAGAGAUCAUGAAAUUACUUCAAAGAAUUUUGAUGAUUUAGAAAUACAAGAUGAAGAUGACCAAUUAUCAACUGAAUUUGGAUCCGGUUACCCAAGUGACCCUGUAACUAAAUUUUGGUUAACUAAAAAUCGUGACAAAGUUUUUGGGUACCCUUCUUUUAUUCGUUUUAGUUGGAGUACCGCCGAUAAUGCCAUGAGAGGUAAUUGCUUUGGUGUGGAAUGGAACCUUGAUAAAUCAACAAAAAUAAGCGAAACAAUGUUUAACGAUAUUGCAGUUGGUCAAAAAAGAAAAAGAUUCACUUUUUUUAAUGAUAAUAAUUUGGAAAAUUGUAUAAACGAUUUUUAA